UGGUCGGGGGGGCGGGGCGGAGCGGAGCUGCGCUGCAGCUGGAGUGAGGCCUCCUCAGCUGGGAGGUCUGGGGACCGUCUCGCCGCCGGAGCCGCAGAGCGGAGCCUGCCCCGGGCAGACAUGGAUUUCCGGGAGAUCCUGAUGGUGGCGUCUGAGCAGCAGGGGCUGAGCGCCGUGUCGAAAACCUUAAGAAAUUAUGUGACAAGAAUGUUGAAGUUGUACAACUAAGGACUCACACUAUGGAAAGUCAAUUAAGUUAUGGUUUCAUAUGCUAGUUGUCCCUGUAAGCAAAGACAUUCAAGACUCUGGUCAAGGAAAUUUUCCAAAUGAACAUCAACUUCGAGAAAAGAUACAGUUUGGCAGUAGGCCCUCCCAAAAAAGAUCCAAAAGUCAAAGGUGUCCAUUCUGCAGCAGUGCAAGCUUUUCUGAGACGGAAAGAAGAAGAAAAUAGGGGAAAAGAACUAGAGGCAAAAAGGAAGAAGGAGGAACUUCUAGCUAAGCGUAUUGAACUGAAACAUGACCGAAAAGCAAGAGCUAUGGCUUCACGGACUAAGGACAACUUUUAUGGCUAUAAUGGCAUUCCUGUUGAAGAGAAGCCUAAAAAGAGGCAGACUUGUGAAAGUGUUGAUCGAUGCACAGAUGCAGAAUAUAUGACAGAAGAUGAGGCAGAGCGAUUUGAAUACAGUCAGACUGAAUCUGAGCAUGAACCAGAAGAAUAUGAAGAGAAACCAUCCAAAGCUGCAGUGAAACCAAAGGCACUUCCCAAAAGUGCUCCUACCCCUAUGAACUUUGUAGAUCUUCUGAGGCUCGCUGAAAAAAAACAGUAUGAACCAGUAGAAAUAAAAGUAGUGAAAAAGACAGAAGAAAGGCCAAGAACAGCAGAAGAAUUGAGAGAGAGAGAAUUUUUGGACCGGAAAAACAAAAAAGGGGAAACCCAAAAAGAGAAAAAAAAACCUGAAAAAGAGAUUAAGAAUGUAACUUCAAAUAAAGUGUUUUCUCAUAAAGAGUUUAUAAACGCAAAACUCAGUAAAAACUCAGUGGAUAAACAUUCCUCUUCAAAAGGCAGCUUCCCCUCUCAGUGUGGCGCUGAUAAGAAAUCCAGUGGGCCUGUGUUUAGCAACAAACAUGCAAGGUCAUCAUCUUCUUCCAAAUCCAGUCAAGUGGAAAAAGCAAAAGUUACACAAAAUGGAUCUUUAAAAAGGUCAUCGAGUGGCAUCCAUAGUAAAUCUUCAGUCAAUGGAGUAGGAAAAUUUGGGUCAAGCUCUCAUACACCAAGCUCAAAAGCACCUGCUAAUGGGGCUCAGAAACUACAGUCUGCUAAAGAACUUAAUCUGAAAAAAUCUACUUCUGUCCAUACAAAACUGGGUAGUGCAGCACCCCCUCAGCAUGAAAUUGUUAAAAAUUCCAGCUCUGGGAGGCCGGGGAGCAGUGCGGGGAUGGGCGGGACCGGGCGGCCGGGGAGCAGUGCAGGGAUGGGCAGGCUGCCCAGCAGUGCAGGGACGGGUGGUCCUGGGUGGCUGGGGAGCAGUGCGGGGAUGGAUAGGCCAGGGAGCAGUGCAGGAACGGGCAGGCCCGGGCAGCUGCCCAGCAGUGCAGGAACGGGCGGGCCUGGGCGGCCGGGGAGCAGUGCGGGAACGGGCGGGCCCGGGCGGCUAGGGAGCAGUGUGGGGAUGGGCAGGCCGGGGAGCAGGGCGGGGACGGGCGGGCCCGGGCGGCCGGGGAGCAGUGCAGGCACAGGCGGGCACGGGCGGCCGGGGAGCAGUACGGGAUUAGGCAGGCCGGGGAGCAGUGCGGGAACAGGCGGGCCUGGGCGGCUGCCCAGCAAUGCAGGAACAGGCGGGCCUGGGCGGCUGCCCAGCAAUGCAGGAACAGGCGGGCCUGGGCGGCUGCCCAGCAAUGCAGGAAAAGGCGGGCCAGGGCGGCCAGGGAGCAGUGUGGGGACGGGCAGGCCGGGGAGCAGCGCGGGGACGGGCGGGCCCGGGCAGCCGGGGAGCAAUGCCGGGACGGGCGGGCCUGGGCGGCUGGGGAGCAGUGUGGGUACAGGACCUGGAAAAUCAGUCAAUUCAAGCAUGGGACCUGGGCGACCAGGCAGUGGCUCAGUUGUACCUCCAAAACCUAAGUGCACUGUUGUAUCAGAAACAAUUUCAUCUAAAAAUCUAGUCUCCAGACCAAGUAAUGCACAAAUGAAUGGAACAAGACCUCCUCCAGGGCAUAGACCAGUGUUUCAUCCACAAGGUCUUCCAAGGCCUUCUCUUCCACCUAUAAGUUAUAAAAGACAAAUAGAAGAUGAUGAGGAAUAUGAUUCUGAAAUGGAUGAUUUCAUUGAUGAUGAAGGGCAACCCCAGGAAGAAAUAUCAAAACAUAUUCGAGAAAUAUUUGGCUAUGAUCGGAAUAAAUAUAAAGAUGAAAGUGAUUAUGCCUUACGUUACAUGGAGAGCAGCUGGAAAGAGCAACAGAAAGAGGAAGCCAGGAGUUUGAGACUUGGUGUCCAAGAGGACCUAGAAGAGCUGAGACGUGAAGAGGAGGAAUUGAAACGUAAGAGGCAGGCAAAGAAGCUGAGGACACGUUAACUGAUUUAUAGUGGUUUUGUUCUGUUUUUCUACUAUCCUGGUCACCCCUUUGCCUCCAUAUUUCAGCUCCUCGUAUAGUACGACUUUAGUUUUUAUUUGCUUAUUGGUGAGCAAGAAAAUAUGUAAAGGGAGGAAAGGGCAUAGAAAAACAAGGCUUUAGUUUGACCCUAAAAUAUUUAUUUUUAAUACUUGCCAGGGUUAAUUUUUUACAAAAAGAAACUAAUGCAGAUUUUUGGAAUAAAAGCUAUUAAUUAGUUUCCAUUGACUAAAUUAGUUCAAAAUGCCAGCAGAAAUAUUGACUAACUAUGCACUGGCUUGCAAGAUUUAUGUGGGCCCAUACACCAGUAAAUCAGACUUGCAUUCUUCAUUUGACAUGUGGAAAAAAAAAAGAUGAAUGCCAUUUAUGUUCCUUAGUUAUUUUUGAGAGAUAAAAGUACUGCUUUGUGUCUUAAAUCUCCUGAGUUAGGAUCCCUCAAAAUAUUGAAAUAUCAUCUUCUGUUCAAAAUAGCUUGGUUGUAAAUUUCAGCCAUUGUUUAAAGCAAUAAAAUGAUGUUUUUCUGAUUUGAGAACCUUGUGUCUUAACAAAAAUAGUAAUUAAACAGAAGAACCUUCGAUUUCUAAAAAAAUGCUUGUCUUUCAUUAUACCUUGCAUUUACCAGUGUGACCAAGAUUACACUGGCGUUUUUUAUGUCUGGAAUGCCCGUGCCAACCGAUUUCAGUAAAACACAAAUAAUAAACCUUUUUCCUGGAAAAUAGGAAUUUGCAGCGUUUGAAUAUAACUAGUGCUUUUUGGCUCAAGCAAAUGCUAAGGAAUUUUUUUCUGCCCUGUAAAUCUUAAAAUUGGUUUUACAGUUUCAUCUGUUUUUACAUAUUGAGUGUACAGUACACUUUUAUGUUUUUUCUUGCAUUAAAAAUCAGGUUUUUAAAAUAUGAAACAGUUAUUUAUGCAAGCAGUUCCAAAGUCUGGAAGAGUACAUGAGAAUUAAGUUGUGUGAAAUACAGAAUUUUCAGAUUUUUUUUUAUGAUCAAGCCAAGAUGCAUUUGCAAUUCCUCUGUGAUAUCAAAUAACUUUGCAGUUGUCAUCCUGAAUUUAACUAGUGAAUACUUCUGAUUUAAUUUUAGUGAACCAAAAAUUCAAAUGUAAUGAGUAUCAAGAGAGUUCUGCCCUCUAUUUUGAUGCCCAUAUUGCACCUUUAUGUCAAACUAUGCACUACAAAGAUAAGUUUCCUCUCAGAAAAUAAGCAUGUAAACAAUACGCACAGGGUUCAUCUAAAUCUGCAGCGAUUGCACUCUGGGUUCACAGCCCUAAUCUAAUGAUGCAUUACUUUUUAUCCCCCCACGCUACCACAGUGAGUGGUCUCAUCAAAAAGCCUGGAUCACUGCUCUACUCUGCUUCAAGCAUUAGCUCUCUGUUAGUAGGACUUCUACCAUUCGAUACUGAAACUGUUGCUAACCUCUAAUGCUAGAAGCAUUUGGCAAAGUGUUACAAGGUUAUUGGGGGUAAAUGGAAGAGACUGGCCAAGGAAUAAGGAAGAGGUGGGGGAAGAGAAAUUGCAUGCAAAAUGAGUAGAUACACAAGGAAGGAGGGAACUUAGCCUCUCAGAGAGCAUUUCAUGUCAUUGCUGCCUCCAGAAACACCAAUUCUGGCAUCAAAGUGGAAGGACCAAUAUUGGCAGCAGGUGACCUGACUUGUAAGGAAAAAGGGGGCAUUGUCCCUAUUAUAAACUGUUUUGGCAGUGGUGUAGCAUUCCAUCUUUUCAAUACAUUGCUAAAAUGAAUGAACCCUUUGAAUAGUUGUUACAGGUUUGUGUAGUAGUAAUUGACAGAUACCCAAAUGAAGGUAAUUACCAGUGCGCCUCUGUAUUUUUUUAAAAACUGUGUAUAUUGAAUAACAUAAAAAUUGGUCCAUCUCUAUUGUACCUGCUCAAUAUACAUAUAUAUAUAUAUAUAUAUUUGAGAUGAUGCAAGAUACUGUAACCUGAUUGGUUGAUUACAUGUCAUUGUAUGUUUGCUCUGCUUAAUGGGACCAACUGAAUUGUUUGCUGUAGUUUCUAGAAUUAUCCACUCAAGACAAUGACUGAAUGUUGGGACUAUGACCAAGUUGCUGUUCAUUUUUUUAAACUGAAUUGUACCUCUAGGUCUUUGUCAGCCCAAAUUAUAUAUUAGCCCCAAACAAUAAUCUGAAAUGUUGAAAAAAACUUCGGAAAUGAAAAACGUAUUCACUGUUUGAUCCACUGACAUUUUCAAAAGUGUAUAUUAGAAAAUGACACUUCUAAAAUAUUCAGUUUAGAGCUAAAUCUGCAUUUCAGAUAAAAAUAGAUGAAAUAAAGCCCUGAUUAUCCUUUUUUUACUUAUGUACUUGGCAGAGAUAUGCUGUAAUUAACCACUAUUACAAGAUUAGUUCAGCUCUUUAAUCUUGAAAGCACUGUGUUGUCAUUUGUCUUAUACAAUAUAACUGGAAUAUCAUCUCCAUUGCCAACCUUCCUCAAACACAGUACACCUUGUGCUGUAUUUGUUUCCUCAUAAAACAAUAAUUAAAUUUUUUUUGAUAUUUCAUAUAGAAAUUUAAUUCAUCUUUGCAGUCAGGAAAUACUUUCUCAUAGCUAGUAUGGGUUACUAAUGAUUUUUCAAACUUUGUACAGGUUACUAUAUUUUAAUUAACAUGUCUUUGUACAUCUACUGCAUUCUUACUGCUUGUAAAUCAGCUAGGAAAGUACUAAAAAAAUAUUUUAUAUCCAAAAGUCUGUUUACUCUCUACCAGAUAGUUAAUUUUAUUUUGUUAAUGUCGUCAAUAUCUGAUGACUCUUCAAAAGACUUUCAAGUAAAAAACAAACAACAACAAAACACUGCCUAUUCCUGUUUAUAAGGAUUACAUGUUAAGCCAGUGACGUUCAUCGUAAUUAAACGUUUGGGAUUUUUUUUUGGUUUUUAGAUUUUUAAUUCAGUGUUUGAAGAUGUGCCUUUUUUUUUUUUUUUACUAAAUUGGGUGUAAAAAAUCUAUUCAUGAAUGUAGGAGUAUAAAAAAGUAAAGGUUAGUCUGUUUCUGCUAUCACGGAUGACAGAUCCUUUCUACUUGAUAGUCUGAAAUGAUUAGUUUUCAUAAAACCCUUCCAGGUCAGGCUUCAACUGCACAGUCACAGUAGCUAUUUCUUUACCUGUAUUACUAAAAGAAAUUAAAGGCACUUUGUAUUCAACUUUUUGAAAAUGUUUUGUAUUUACAAUUCAGCUGUGCUUACACAUCACAGCACUGUCCGGAGGUCAGGGUAGUGCAUAUCACAGGAAGCCUUAGUGUGCAAUUCUGUCCUGUGCUUUAAAGUAGAAAUCUUUCAAAGUAUAUGAAAUCUCCUCACUGGAGUCUGGAAUUAUUUUUGUGUAAACCCCAAAAUUGUGCAGGAAAACUUUUUUUUUUCAUUUUGAAACUUAAUUAGUAUCUGAAGCAUAUUUCCCAAUACAGCAGGAGACCAAAACAGAGAGAAAAUAUAUGGAGAGAGACUGGUGUUUAAAUUGUGAUGAAUAUACUUGACUUAUUUAUUCUGGUGAGUGUGAUGCAAUAUUGAAUUGUCAGUGUGUAAUUGAAUGCUUUCUGUUUUAGCCUCUGAUUUUCUUUGGGGGUUUCAUUUGUGCACAGUGUCUUUUUACACAAUGUGACAAAUCAGGUAAAAACUUACAUAGCUUAACUGUUUUCUGGGUGCUGGCAAGAAAGUGUAUACUUUUGCACAUGCAGAGUGCAGAUAAGUUUUGCAUAUGUAUAUAAUAAAUUACAGGUAUUAAACAUUUUAUUUAUA